AUGAGAUACCAAGCUUAUGAGAAUGAUUUGCGCCAUUCAUUUUUAAACAGGCAAUGCCAAUAUCUUAGAUUUCCACCGAAAAAUUCUUCUAUCAGCUAUGUUUGCUUUACUGGUAUUGAAGGAUUGAAGAACUGUAGAUUAGCGGGAGCGAUUAAUUUUAACGAUACAGGGAAUAUGGCUGGAAGUAGGUGGCCGGCUGCAAUGCCUCCUACUAACAGAGUCGGUAAUGCUUCUCGAGCAAAACAAGUUAUUUUCGAACCUACAUUUGCCAAAAUGGAAAAAGAGAAUUACGCUUUAACUCAGCGACUAAAGGAAGCUUUCUAUAAAGUUGAGAAGCGGUAUCCUGGUUUCAGUAAAGAUUUCAUGAUUGGCUUGCUUCAACGGAUGGGAGUCGAUAGUGAAAUCGACGUGACUGAAACGUGUUUACGGAUUGCUGCUCUUCAAGAAUGUGAUAAUCCAAAGACUUCAAGAAAUCCUAGAGUUUUGGAGUUGGAACUUACUGCUAAGACCCUAAAAACUAUUCUUAGUAGCAUACCUGAUGAAAUUAUCGACCGCAGAGCAUUUAUAGAAGUCAUCAAAGGAAUAGCAGAUGCAAUAAAGAUGUUGUUGGCUGCUGUGGGUGCGUUUUAUGAUACGUUACCACCAGGAACACAAAAGAAAUGUCUUGAAGAUCAAAAACGAAAAUUUAUCACCUACUGUCGUAAAUUCAGUGACACUUUGAAGCAGUACUUUAGGAACAACGAUCAAACUGUGGUUUUCAGCAGCGCAAACUUACUGGUUAGCCAAACCAACCUAAUUUUGUUUGUGGUUCAUGAUGUAGAUUAA